AUGGAGUGCAUCGCCGAGAUGCCCCGCGCGCCGCUGGACAGCCGGCCGCGCAAGCGGCAGCGGCUCGGGUGGGACGUCGGCCCCGCCGAGAUGUACCAGGUUACGCGGCCGCGGCUCGGGUGGGACGUCGGCCCCGCCGAGAUGUAUCAGUUAGGACUUUGUGGACAAGAAGUUGUGAAUGCCAUCAGUGCUGUGGCGUUGGGCCUCUCUUCGGGCUGUGUUUCUUCUCAAGUCAACCAAGAGCAGCCUCGUGAUGGUUGCCCUCCUCUGAGGGAAGAUGACAAGGAUGGGCAUUAUGUUUUUGCUGUUGGAGAUAACCUCACAUCUCGCUAUAAGAUCAAUGCAAAAAUGGGAGAAGGUACCUUUGGUCAGGUGUUGGAGUGUUGGGAUAAGGAAAGGAAAGAAAUGGUGGCUAUCAAGAUCAUCAGGGGCAUUAAGAAGUACAGGGAUGCUGCAAUGAUAGAAAUUGGCAUGCUUGAGCAGCUUGGUAAAUAUGAUGAAAGUAGAUCCAGUUGUGUUCAAAUUCGGAACUGGUUUGACUAUCGUAACCAUAUCUGUAUUGUCUUUGAGAGGCUUGGACCAAGCUUAUAUGAUUUUCUGAAGAAAAACAAUUACCGCUCAUUCCCAAUUGCCCUAGUUCGGGAGAUUGCCAAACAACUGUUGGAAUGUAUAGAAUUUAUGCAUGAAUUGCGCCUCAUACACACUGAUUUAAAGCCUGAGAACAUUCUCCUUGUUUCUCCGGAGUACAUUAAAGUGCCCGAUUACAAAGUUUCAUCCCGAUCCCCAAAGGAGGGAUCCUAUUACAAGCGGUUGCCCAAGUCCAGUGCUAUCAAGGUGAUUGAUUUUGGUAGCACUACCUAUGAUCAACAGGAUCAGAGUUAUGUGGUAUCGACGAGGCACUAUCGGGCUCCAGAAGUUAUAUUGGGACUUGGAUGGAGUUACCCUUGUGAUAUCUGGAGUGUUGGUUGUAUUCUUGUUGAGCUUUGCACGGGUGAGGCGUUAUUCCAGACUCAUGAAAACUUGGAACAUCUGGCUAUGAUGGAGAGGGUUCUCGGACCUUUGCCGUACCAUAUGCUUAAGAGGGCAGAUCGGCACAGUGACAAAUACAUCAGAAAAGGACGCCUGAAUUGGCCUGAGGGUUGCACUUCACGGGAGAGUAUGAAAGCUGUGAUGAAAUUGUCCAGGCUUCAGAAUCUGGUGAUGCAAAAUGUGGAUCAGGCUGCAGGAGAUUUCAUUGACCUUUUGCAAGGGCUGCUGAAGUAUGACCCAGCAGACCGUUUAACAGCACAAGAGGCAUUGAGGCAUCCCUUCUUCACCGAAGGGUUUGGGCGAAGAAGAUGA